UUACUUAUAUACAGCGCUAGCAUCUGAACUCAUCCCUCCUGUUUAUCUUCUACCUUCUCGCUCGCUUUUCUUCUCCGUCGUUCUUAUAAAGUCGAGCAAUAUGCAAUCUCCACACCUGAAAUAUCUUCGAGAAUGCCUCUCUCUGGCUGAGAAAUCCCCACCCCGCCCGACCAAUUUUCGCGUCGGUGCAAUCCUCGUCUCCCGCAAGGAAGGUGAUUACAAUACGGAAGAGGAUCGGAUUCUCUCAUCCGGAUACACAAUGGAACUAGCGGGAAAUACACACGCAGAGCAAUGUUGUCUGUCCAAUUACGCCGCCGUGCAUUCCGUACCAGAUGAGCACGUGUGGGAGGUAUUGCCAUCUGAACCGGACCGUAAGUUAGUCAUGUAUGUCACAAUGGAGCCGUGUGGGAAGCGACUGUCAGGGAAUCUGCCUUGUGUGCAGAGGAUUAUCCGAACCCGCCAGGGAGAUCGGAAGGGUAUUCAGAAAGUAUACUUUGGGGUCAAGGAGCCGGGCACUUUUGUCGGGGGCUCCGAAGGGUGUAAGAUGCUGACGGCUGCCGGGAUUGAUUGGCAGGUGGUUGGUGGCUUGGAAAAGGAUAUUUUGGAGGUGGCUGUGGCUGGGCAUGACAAUCGCGAGGAGGAGAUUAAAACCGCUUUAGACGCGGUUGAGACCAAUAUAGAUGAUAUCAGCGAUGACGAGCGCCGCAGACAGCAGGAAGCGCCGCGAAACUCAAAGAAGAGAAUGAUGGAGGCAGAUUUGCUCGGCUGAACUUGCUCCAUGGUACUAGUAUGUGCAACUACAUGACCCAUCAUGAAUGAUAGAGAUCCUUAAUAUACAUAUUCACCUGACACAACAUUAAC